GCGGCGAGGCGAGGUACCGCCAAUCAGCCAAGCGUCCGUCAGUGCGCGCGGGUCGGUCGCGCGCGGUGGUUAGUCGCGUCUUUGUAACAGUGUGAGUCUGUCGCGAGCGUCGCGCGUGCAUCGUGAGGCAGAGCGAGAUGGCGAGCCACGACGACGUCGGCGUCGGCGACUUCGUGCUACUGGACGAGAUCACGAUCGAGCGCGUAGUGGAGAAUCUUAAGGCCAGAUUUAAUGCUGGGAAGAUUUACACGUACAUCGGCGAAGUAUGCGUUAGCGUGAAUCCUUACAGAAGCACCAACAUCUACGAUGCGGAUCAAAUUAAUAAAUACAAAGGUAGAGAACUAUUCGAGAAUCCCCCGCAUAUCUUUGCGAUUGCGGAUGCGGUGCACAAAGAGAUGAAGCAACAAGGCAGAGACACGUGUAUAGUGAUAAGCGGCGAGUCGGGUUCCGGUAAAACGGAAGCUAGCAAAAUCAUCAUGAAGUACAUCGCCGCCGUGACAAAUCUAAGCGGUCAACAAGAAAUCGAGAGGGUAAAAAAUAUUCUCAUUCAAUCCAAUUCGAUAUUGGAAGCGUUUGGCAAUGCCAAGACGAAGAGGAACGACAACUCGUCACGAUUCGGGAAGUACAUGGACAUCAAUUUCGAUUUCAAGGGAGACCCCGUGGGCGGUCACGUGACCAAUUAUCUCCUGGAAAAAUCGCGGGUGGUCUAUCAACAAAAGGGAGAACGCAACUUUCAUUGCUUCUAUCAGUUACUAAAUGGCUGCAGCGAGACUGAAUUAAACAAGCUACGUUUAGUUCGCGAUCCGGCUGCUUAUUACUUUGUCGGCAACGGGAGCAAUAAUAAAACAGCCAUCUCUGACAGAAGCGACUAUAAAACGGUUUGCACUGCCAUGUCCCUCCUCGGAUUCUCUCCAAAUGAGAUGCAGACUGUGUGGAAUAUCGUUGCUGGUAUCCUACAUUUGGGUAACGUCACCUUCAGAUUGGACGAUGAUAAGCUUAUAAUUGAAAAUAACAGCGCUUUAAAUGACACCGCCAACUUGUUCUCCAUAAGCUCGAAAGAACUGAGCACUGCUCUUUCGCAGAGAGUCAUAGCUGCGGGUGGAGAGGUCAUGCAGAAGACUCACACUUUAAUAGAAGCUGAAUAUGGCCGAGAUGCUCUGGCAAAGGCUAUAUACGAGCGAUUGUUUACGUGGAUAGUGUCGCGAGUCAAUGAUUCGAUCAACGUGAAUGACAACGACAAAAUAAAGAGAUACGGAACGCUGAUCGGCGUACUCGACAUCUAUGGUUUCGAAAUCUUCGACAUGAAUAGUUUUGAGCAGUUUUGCAUCAAUUAUUGCAACGAAAAAUUGCAACAGCUUUUCAUCGAAUUGGUGCUGAAACAAGAACAAGAGGAGUAUCAAAGGGAAGGGAUUGCUUGGCAAAACAUUGAAUACUUCAACAACCAGAUUAUCUGCGAUUUAGUUGAGCAAUCUCAUAAGGGAAUUAUAGCGAUCAUGGAUGAAGCUUGUCUUAAUGUCGGGAAAGUCACUGACGAGUUACUUCUCAAUGCAAUGGAUAAAAUAGCAGAUCAUAAACACUACAGCUCUCGACAAUUAAAACCAAUGGAUAAAGAAUUGGAACACAGAACACAGUUCAAGAUCAAACAUUAUGCCGGUGAUGUGGUUUACAAUAUCAACGGCUUCCUCGACAAAAACAAAGAUACGCUCUUCCAAGACUUCAAACGCUUACUCUAUAAAAGCAAUAAUUCCACAAUUAGUAAAAUGUGGCCUGAAGGUGCCCAAAAUAUUUUGAAGACAACGAAAAGACCUUUAACUGCUGGCACAAUGUUCCGCAAUUCCAUGAUCGCAUUAGUGAAGAAUUUAGCGAGUAAGGAACCGUUUUAUGUCAGGUGUAUAAAACCUAAUGAAGUAAAGUCUCCUGUCGUGUUUGAUGAUGAGAGAGUGAACCAUCAAGUGAGAUAUUUGGGACUUUUAGAGAACAUAUUGGUGAGACGAGCUGGUUUUGUAUAUAGACAACGAUACGACAGAUUCCUGAAAAGAUAUAAAAUGAUAUCACAAUACACAUGGCCAAAUUUCCGAGGUGGCAGCGACAAAGACGGUGUACGAACAUUGAUGGAAGAGAAGAAUUUUUCAAACGACGUUAAAUAUGGUCACACGAAGAUAUUUAUUCGCUCGCCGCAAACUCUAUUUGCAUUAGAAAAAGCUCGCAGCGAUUUAAUACCGGGUAUCGUGAUUCUCCUGCAAAAGCAAUGGCGAGGAUACCUGUGUCGUCAAAGGUACAAGAAGAUGAAGGCCGCGUUAAUUCUGAUGGAGCACUAUAGAAGAUACAAACAACGUAUUUAUAUCAACGAGCUCGAGCGAACAUUCAAAAAUGCCAAAAAGAUGCAGAAAUAUGGCAAGCGUUUGCUGUGGCCGCGCGAAAAUUUCGCUGUAAGACAUGUGGUGCCCGCCUUAAAGAACAUGUAUGCGAGAUGGUGGGCGUGGAUGGUGCUCAGAAUGAUUCCUCGGGAAGAUUGGCCACAACUACGAUUGAAGAUGGCAGCGGGUGCCGUGUUACGUUCCAAGAGAUCUUAUUGGGGUCAGGACCGUCGUUGGGAAGGAAACUAUUUAUCCAAACCGGAUGAAAACCCUCAAAGCGAUAUCUUCAAUUCCUCGAUAAACAAUCUUCGAAACACCGAUCACUUCAAGACUGUCUUGUUCAGCGCAUUUAUUAAAAAAACCAACAGGUUUAAUAAGCCAGCGGAUCGCGUACUGGUGGUGACGGAACAUGCCGUGUACAAGCUGGACGACGUGAGAUUUAAAAGCAUGAAAAAAGGCAUGCCAAUUGCGGAAAUAACCGGUCUCAGCGUCUCGCCCGGAAAGGAUCAGUUUAUCACGAUACAUUCGAAUCGUGGAAACGAUUUUAUUCUUUCCAUCACUGCCAAAGAUGACAGGAUUGGAGAACUAGUCGGCGUAUUGAGUAACCGAUACUACCAAUUGCGUGGCGCCGAUCUACACGUAACAGUGGAUAUGAAAUUUAAGUGCAUGCUAGGCAAUAAGAGCAGAUUGUUACGCAUCGAGGUGAUGCCUGACGUGAACGAGCCUACAUUCAGGAAAGACGGCAAUCAAAUUAUUUUUGCCAUUCCACCAUCAGUGAGCAUCAUCGACGGUGGCAAUAAUACUAGACAACAAAUUCGCACGGCCAGUUAAAAUCUGACAAGCUAUUCGAGGCUGUACUAUUUGUAUCGAAUAUAUUUUGUAAUAAUAUGUAUAGGUCGUAAACAUGUUGCACGCCAUAACGAUACUAUUGUUGAAGUCAUUUAACGAUUUCGUGAGACAUCAGAUUUCGCGUUUGAAAGUUUUCCCAGUUAAAUCAAUUGUUCCGCAAUGCAUUUUUAUGCAAUAUUAAUAUUAAUCAUAUUAUGAUGCAUAGUAAGUGCGAUGCAAUUUUUCUAUGAUAAAAUUUAAUUGGAAGUCCGAUCAAUGUUUGCGUUUAUUACGUAAUCAAUUUAAAUUAAAUAUGAUGUAUCGAGUAAUUCUUGUUGCAUCCUAAUUGUACAUAUAUUACAUUGAUCGGAAAUUCAAAUAAGUUUUUCUUUUUUAGAAGAUUAGGCAGGCGUUAAAUAAUCAUGGCAGGAUAUAUAUAACUAUGUUUUAUCAAAAAUAUUAAUUUUCCUCUAAUAUCUAAUAAUAUAAUAU